AUGCCCAUCAGACCAUUCAGUCUCCCGCCAAACCCAUCGCUGGUGGCUGUCAUACUCAUUAUCCGAACCCGAUCUGGUCCGCGACUGGUCUUUCACUAUCCUGGUGUUCCUGAGGCUAUACAGCGCAACACUUCAUGGCACUUUGGAUCUGCCAAUAGCGACUCGGAGGAUGGAGCUAGCUCUUCUGACGACGAUCAGACUGUAGGCUCUGAUGAUACGAGCACCACUUCUUCGCGACAGACUGCAAGACCUAGUAUCGCAUCGCAGAGUCGUGCUGCCGAAACAAUAUCCUCGAGAAGGACUACUCGCACAUUGCACUCGGAUGCUCCAGACAACGAUGAGGACGACGAUGAUCUCGACAACUUAGACGUCGCACCAUUGGACUUGAACUCUUCUCCUGUCGACAAGCCUGCUCCGGCUACCACGACCAACAAUGCACCUCACGAUCGAACGACCAGCGCCGCGCGACAUGAAAGCACCACGACUGAUAAGCGUAAUACUCCUGAAUGGGAGAAACUACUGGGAUACCCAGUCGAAGGGCUAGAGAUGAUGUUGUCCCCUCCCUCAAGCAUGCACAAGAAGCGUUUCGAGGUCAUGCUGGACGAUCUGGUCUUUCUAGGAUAUCCCGUAUUUGUGCGUGACGACGGUACAUGGAAGAAAAAGAAGACUAAGAGGAGGGCUACAACACAGGACGGGAAAAGCAGUCAGGGGGACAACGAAGCCGAAGAUGACGAGGCAAACGACAGUGGCAGCGACAACGAAAACGAUGACGGGGAAGAAGGCACUGCAGGGAACGAAAUGUUUAGUCCACCUCUCUCGCCUCUAACACCUCGUCGACCGCUUGAGAACGGAGAGCUGCCUCGCAGCUAUAAAUCGGAAGCCGCAAUGUCCGAAGCUGCCUCAGAAACUGGUAGUGCGAACAGUAAUCAAGAUGAGAUGACCAUGUUCCACGUCGUCUUCGUCAUGAAUCCUCCUGCGCUGGAAUACCAUAUUCGUCUUCAAGAGAUGUAUGACAAUGUGGUAAAGAAGACUGCCAAAGCCUUCCGCUACGAACAAGCACGUUCAAAUGCUGUCUAUCAAGAUGCCAAAAAGAUGCAGUCUCUCAAAGCACAAGCCAAGGAAAACAAGACACCAAUGUCGGUGCUGUGGCCAAACUUGAUCUCUAGCUGCUUGUUGGCAAAGGCGAUUGCUAUUUUGUAUACCAGUAUUGCGAGCAACAAAAUCGCUCACAUCAGUAUUGGUGAGGGCUUUGAGGCGAGUAUUCAGAUCCCUCAAGCUAUAUCAACGCCAUAUGUUCCCACGCCUACGGAGCCUCAACUACCUGGUCUAUGGCUUACAACUGCAAACAGUCUAUCUGAUGACGGGCAAAGUCUAAGUCCACACGCCGCUCUCCUCCUACUCGAAGACAAAGACGUCAUGCUGAAGGAGAUCGAGGGCGAUGGCAAGGAACUGGGAUCCCCGCUCGCCUUCUUCAUCCGCGAACUCACACCCACAAAAUCUUUGACCAAACUUUCCGCUGCAUUGUCGUUACCACUUUCUGAUGUGCAGUUCCUUGCCCGCCAUCUUAUCUACUGGCGCCGCGCUAGAGCAAUCCCUCCACUCCAUAUCCGUGAUACUUACAUCGUAUCACCCAACUGCGACAUGCGUCAACUCACAAAAGCCAUGCCACUAUAUGCUCAACAGUUCUCUGCCCUUCCAUCAUUACCAAAAAUGCUACAAAACUUGAGCGGGAAGCCUAUUCAAUAUGGCUUCUUGAUCCCUAGCAAGGACCACAAGCCUGCUUACAUGGACAUUUUGGCUUGGCUGCUCAGGGGUGGCUGGGUGACCCAACUCCGAACCUUUGCUUGGGUCAAAGUAUCACCGACAGUCAAAGCUGCCGUAGCUGUCAAGAUGCGGCAAGACUUUGAAGAGAAACUGGCCAAGCGACCUCCUUCUGCGUUUAGCAAGACCUCAGCCGCUGCAAACUCACGAGUCAGCAGCACGAGCGCAGAAUCCAGACGCGUUUCUGAAGAUCCUUUUGACGAGGUCGCGAGUAGCAGAUUGAGCAUCUCAAGCUCGGCACAAUUGCUGUCUCCUACUUUGAGUAGAUCAGCUAGUGAUGCAGGCAGUAAUGGUAGUGGCAGAACUGCUAUUCCUCCACCUCCUGCUGGACCUCAACGCGCAGAGACAUCACCAAAUUUACACGCGACCAGGGAAGUAGCGCCUUCACCGCCAUCUAUCUUAUCCAACAGCAGUGUUUCUGGCCACGAAGACGAUAACUCGACUGUUCAUUCUGCAGCACUGCCUUCUACAGACCCUGGCGCUUAUGAACAGACUUUGGUGUUAAGUCCGCAUAAAGCUAGUACGGAAGAAAGUAGAUGGUUGAAGUAUAUUGGACAGCAUCUGAUGGAUGAGGAAGUCAAGGAGUAUUGGGGCGUUUUGGUCAAGCAUUUUGAUGGGAAGAGGGCUAUGGAAGAGAUUGCGGCUAGAGAAGGGUUGAAGAGAAGUAAAGUACAGGGAUUGUUGCAGAAGUUGGAGCUGGAGGGGGUUCUGUAUGUUGUGAGGCAUUGGUAG